AUGGCUCGCAAAAGAAGUCGAUUAACCUUAGACGACUUGCCAGAUUGCAUUCUGCCCCUCAUUCUCAGUAAAAUUCCUUUCAAACAAGCAGUUCAUUGUUCACUUGUCUCAAAAGGAUGGAAAUUUUGCUGGACAUUUGCAAAAAAUCUAAAAUUUCCAGAGGAUUUCUUUUCUUCAUCGCGUAGCCCUACUGAAAUCCAAAAUAUAAUAGAUCUUAUUUUUGAGCGUCAUUCUGGUCCGCUUGAAGUUUUCGAGCUUAACAAUGUUCGAUUCUGCUGUUCAAGUGACAAGAUUUCUGAUUGGAUUCAUCGCGCUGCUCUUAAAGGCGUGCAAGAGAUUAAGAUUGUAGAGAAGGUUUCAGAAAUUUAUGAAGUUCCGGCAGCCAUAUUUUUAUGUCAAAAUCUCAGAACUUUGGCUUUAAAGAAUUUUCUGCUGACAAAUCUACCAGACGGUUUUGGUGGCUUGGCCGACCUGACAACAUUGGAUCUUUGUAAUGUUGAUCUGAAUGACAAGAUCGUUGAGCUCAUGUUGCAAUUAUGUCCAGAUUAA